AUGAGCACUGGUUCAGAGAACGAUCAGAUGUCUACUAAUUCAGCAGCACAGGCAAAGAGUACAGACACACAGAAGGCGGCAGCCUUUCUGGCUGGUCUUUCCUUGUACCAGAUGAUUCAUGUUGCAAUAUCGGCCGGCAACUUUACGGUAGGAAGGUUUCAAAUUCCUCAGAAAUACGUCAGCCUGUACAUUAACAGAAUGAUUAUUUCGAAUAGAGUCUUCUCAUUGAUUGGGAUUAUACUUACUACGGCCUAUGAACAGUUUGAUGGACCUGGUAUUCCUAAGUUGAACAUUGGUCUGUUUGGACUUCUAUUAUUAUCUCACAUAACCUUGUUUCUUACAUAUUGUUCAGGAGGAGCUCAGGGUCAUAUUACGCUAUACUACUGGAUUGUUGUCGUAGUGGCUUUUAUCAUUGGAUUGUGUUUUGUGUUCACUGUUAAGUUGGCCAGUAAUGCAAUCAUUUAUCUUCUUGCGGCACUGCCCAUAUCCGGAAUUCUGGCAUCCUCCUAUCACAUAUCGUUCAUACUCAUUUCUCAGUAUUUUAACGUCUCAAACGUAUAUUACUGGUUGGUGUUUUGGCAACAUAUUUGUGCGAUAUCAUUGAUAUCAGUUACCACCGUGAUAUGGGCAUUUGCGUAUGGAAGUGGUAGUCAACCUCAACAACAGCAACAACAAACAAAUGGAGGUGGAGAGUUCUUGAAAUCAUUACACAAUGCAAUAUCUCCACUAUUAUUGGUUGCAUUUGGGUACGGUAUACAGAACAUGUUCUAUCCCUCCGUGGCUCCAUACAAAAUCAUUGGCAUAGACAAGGGUUACAAGAUUGAUGUGGCGGUUUUAUUCACGAGUGCUGUACCACCAUUGAUCUUCUUGGGUCUGAUCUCCAAAGGAAAGGGUCCAAACAAGCCAUGGAAGAAUGAUAAUAAUCAAGCCCAGUUGUGGCAUGGAGCUUGGGCAUUCUUCGGAAUACAAGUGAUUUGUGGAAUACUCUUCUUUUCCACUCUGCAUUACCCAAAUAGUACUCUGCCAAGAAGUAUAAGAAAUAGCAUUUGGGGUCUCGGAUUCUUCACAGUACUCUACGAUUUCUCCGCACAGAUGACUAGAUGUAUAGGAAGUAACGGAGUUGAUAAACAGAAGGGUAAAUCCGCUGCUAAGAUGAAUACACUCAACUCCUUUUUGUACUCAUUCACCCAGGUCAUCUUUGCCUUUCUAGGAGACGGAUAUAUUAGAACAUAUCGCAAAGCAGAGGAAAGUUCAGAUUUAUGGCCAACUGCUCACUAUACCAAUAAAAGAGCAUUCUGGUUCUGGACCUGGAGUACAACAAAAGUGGCUUUAGGAACGCUAAAAGGCGCAUUCAGCACAGAUGUUAGGGCUGAGAUUCUUGUUAAAAAGGAGCAUCUCUUUAUUGUAUAUGAAGAUGGUCCACCUGAAGACGAUGAUCCCUUCUUUGAUCUACCAUUUAUUCACAAUACGGAAUCCUCUAAAGAUAAUCACAGUUUCAAGGGAGUAUACAUUUUAACACAUUCCUCCCUAACACAAAUGUAG